AUGGCGCUGGUGGAGUGUGUGGUCUGGGGCUCCAGACGAGAUAUCCACCUCCUCUUGCUGUUGUUGCUGCUGCUGCCGCCCUGGGUUCCGGCUGGGCUGGUUCCUUCAGAGAUCCCAAGUGCCUGUGCCUCAGACCCAUGUACUCCGGGGACCAAGUGCCAGGCUACAGAAAAUGGUGGCUAUACCUGUGAGCCUGUAGAGCUUGGAGGCUGUGCUACUCAGCCAUGCCACCACGGUGCACUGUGUGUACCCCAUGGCCCAGAUUCUAACAGCUUCCGCUGCUACUGUGUGCCUGGCUUCCAGGGUCCCUACUGUGAACUGGAUAUCGAUGAGUGUGCAUCUCGGCCCUGCCACCAUGGGGCCACCUGCCGCAACCUGGCAGAUCACUACGAGUGCCACUGCCCCCUGGGCUAUGCAGGUGUGACCUGUGAGGCGGAGGUGGACGAGUGCUCAUCAGCGCCCUGCCUGCACGGAGGCUCGUGCCUGGAUGGCAUGGGCUCCUACCGCUGCGUGUGCGCGCCGGGUUACGCAGGCGCUAGCUGCCAGCUGGACGUGGACGAGUGCCAGAGCCAGCCGUGUGCGCACGGGGGCGUGUGCCACGACCUGGUCAAUGGUUUCCGGUGCGACUGCGGGGACACGGGCUACGAAGGAGAGCGCUGCGAGCAGGAGGUGCUGGAGUGCUUCUCUGCGCCCUGCGCACACAACGCGUCCUGCCUAGAUGGCCUCCGGAGCUUCCGCUGCCUCUGCUGGCCAGGCUUCAGUGGAGAGCUGUGCGAAGUGGAUGAGGAUGAGUGUGCUUCGAAUCCUUGUCAUAAUGGGGGAUGGUGCUUGCAACGCUCUGACCCAGCCUUGUAUGGGGGUGUCCAGGCCACCUUUCCAGGCGCCUUCAGCUUCAGUCACGCUGCUGGCUUCCUUUGCAUCUGUCCUCUGGGCUUUGCCGGGGAUGAUUGCAGCGUGGAUGUGGAUGAAUGCGCCUCAGGACCAUGCCUCAAUGGUGGCAGCUGCCAGGACCUGCCCAACGGGUUCCAGUGCUACUGCCUGGAUGGAUACACAGGCCUGAUGUGUCAGGAAGAUGUGGAUGAAUGCCAGUCGGAACCAUGCCUGCAUGGUGGAACCUGCAGCGACAUUGUAGCAGGCUAUAUCUGCCAGUGCUCUGAGGCCUGGGGUGGACAUGACUGUUCUAUACAGCUCACAGGCUGCCAGGGCCACACUUGCCCACCUCUUGCCACCUGCAUCCCCACCUUCAAGUCUGGGCUCCACAGUUACAUCUGCCACUGCCCACCUGGGACCUCUGGGCCUUUCUGUGGCCAGAAUACCACCUUCUCGGUCGUAUCUGGGAGUUCUGUGUGGGCAUUAGUGCCAGCCGGUGACUCUCUGGGUCUGGUACUGAGGUUUCGAACUACGCUGCUUGCUGGGGCCCUGGCCACUCUCAAGGACACUCAGGACAUCUUGGAGCUGGCACUGGUGAGGGCCACACUCCAAGUCACACUCUGGAGACAUGGUACUGCUCUGCUUGUUCUUACACUGCCAGACCUAGCCUUAAAUGACGGCCACUGGCACCAGGUGGAGGUGACACUCCGCCUGGGAGCCCUGGAGCUGCGGCUCUGGCAUGAGGGCUGCCUUGGCCAGUUCUGUAUGGCCUCUGGUCCUGUAGCUACAGGUCCCACAACCACAUUGGCCUCUGGGCCUCCUGGGCCCUACUCCAUCCAUCUCGGUGGCUGGUCCUUUGCAGGCUGCUUCCAGGAUGUACGUGUGGAAGGGCAUCUUCUGCUGCCUGCGGAGCUCAACGGAAAUGUACUCCUAGGUUGCAAGCACAGGGAACUAUGCCAGUCUCUGCCCUGUGCCAAUGGAGGGACCUGCGUGGACUUGUGGACUCACUUUCGCUGCGACUGCCCAAGACCUUACCAUGGGCCCACAUGCACUGAUGAGGCUCCUGCUGCCACCUUUGGCUUGGGCGGCACCGUGAGCUCAGUCUCCUUCCUGCUCCACGAGCCGCUAGGCCCAAAUCUCACAGUGUCAUUUUUCCUCCGCACCCGAGAGCCUGCCGGUCUUCUGCUCCAGUUUGUCAAUGAUUCAGUGGCUAGCCUAACUGUGUCCCUGAGUGAGGGCCAGAUCCGAACUGAGGUGCUGGGCCAGCCUGCUGUGAUCCUCUCUGGGCGCUGGGAUGAUGGACUCCGCCACUUGGUGAUGCUCAGUUUUGGUCCUGACCAGCUACAGGACCUGGGCAAACAGCUGUAUGUGGGUGGAAGGCUCCACCCUGAUGACACCCAGCCCUGGGGUGGGCCCUUCCGAGGCUGUCUCCAGGACAUGCAACUCAACGGCUUUCACCUCCGGUUCUUCUCUUCGCCGAUGGAGAACUUAAGUUGGCCCAGUGAACUGGAUGUUGGUCAGGCCUCUAACCUCACCCAGGGCUGUGUCUCCGAAGACAUGUGCAAUCCCAAUCCCUGUUUCAAUGGUGGAACCUGCCUGGUCACCUGGAAUGACUUCUACUGCACCUGCUCUGACAGCUUCACAGGGCCCAUGUGUGCCCAGCAGCUGUGGUGCCCCAGCCAGCCUUGCUUCCCACCUGCCACCUGUGAGGAGGUUCCAGAUGGCUUUGUGUGUGUGGCUGAGACUACAUUCCGCGAGGGCCCUCCUGCUGUGUUCAGCAGCCACAACGUGUCCUGGGCACCAGCGCUGAGCUUACUGACCCUGGCCUUCCGCACCCGCGACCCUGAGGCUGUGCUGCUGCGUGUUACUGCGGGCGUCCACUCCGGUAUCUGGCUGGCGGUGCACAAUGGCUCGCUGGCAGCGGAUGUGGCGGGCUCAGUGCUGCCUGCGCCCGGGCCGCGCGUAGCCGACGGUGCCUGGCACCGCGUGCGUCUGGCCCGGGAGCUCCCACUAGCCACCGCCUCGCGCUGGCUGCUGUGGCUGGACGGUGUGGCGACGCCCCUGGCAUUGCAGGGUCCGGGUGGCGACCUGGGUUUUCUGCAGGGCCCGGACGCCGUGCGCGUGCUGCUGGCUGAAAACUUCACAGGCUGCCUGGGCCGCGUGGCUCUUGGCGGCCUCCCGUUACCCUUGGCGCCGCCGCGGUCCGGCGCGAUCCCCGGAGCCCGCAAGCACUUCGUGGCCUGGCCUCGGUCGCCGACCAUGCGCCUCGGCUGCCACGGUGCGUCCGUGUGCACGCCCUCGCCCUGCCUGCACGGCGGUGUCUGCCACGACCUCUUCGAUGUUUUCACCUGUGCCUGCGACCCGGCCUGGGAGGGACCCCACUGCGAGGCCCGCGCCGACCCGUGUCGCUCGUCGCCUUGUGUCCGGGGCCAAUGCCACGCGCGCCCCGACGGCCGCUUCGAGUGUCGCUGCCCUCUGGGCUUCGUGGGCCCGCGCUGCAGGAUGCCUGUUCUGCCUCACCCAUGUAGCCUCAACUCCACCUGCAAGGAGGGCACCCCUUGUGAGAGUGGUCCCUUAGGCACCAACUGCAGUUGCCAGGAAGGUCUUGUUGACCUGAGGUGUCAGAGUCCUGACCUACCUUGUGAAGCCAACCCUUGCUUGAAUGGGGGAACCUGCCGGGCAGCCAGUGGCAUAUUUGAAUGUACUUGCAACACAGGAUUCUCUGGCCAGUUCUGUGAAGUGGUGAAAAGCCCGCCUCUGCCCCUGCCAUUUCCGCUGCUGGAGGUAGCAGUGCCUGCAGCCUGUGCCUGCCUCCUCCUCCUCCUCCUGGGCCUCCUUUCAGGGAUCCUGGCUGCCAGAAAGCGCCGCCAGUCUGAGGGCACUUAUAGCCCAAGUCAGCAGGAGGUGGCAGGGGCCCGCCUGGAGAUGGACAGUGUCUUCAAGGUGCCACCAGAGGAAAGACUUAUCUAG